AGACGGAGAGGCAGGCAGGCAGGCAGGCAGGCAGGCAGGGCGAGGGCGAGAGACGGAGGGAGGGAGCGAGCGAGGCAGACCAGACAGACAGACAGGCGGGCGGGCGGGCGGGCAGAGCGAGCCACCCGCCAGGCUGCGCUCAGCCCCGCUCGCAGCGGAGAGAGCAGAAGGCAGGAGGAGGGAGGGGAGGAGGGGGAGGGAGAGAGGGAAUCCAGCUACCACCACCCAAAGCCAGCGUCUGCUUUCUGUCCUCAUUUCCUUUUCCCACCCAGCCCGGAGAGCAGAGAAAGGCAGAGAGAGCGACAGAUAGAGAGGGUCAGAGAGACAGACAGACAGCCCGGGCGAGCGGGAGGGAGGAGGAGGAGCAGGAGGAGGACUACGCGGAGUGCGUUCCCUCCCAGCAGCCGGGCGCCCGCGUUGCUGCUGCCGCCGGAAGACAGACGCCCCCCCAAAGCCCCUCGCCUGGCUCGGACCGCGGAGCCGGCAGCCCAGCACUCCGAUGUUACUCUCCCCACUGUGUGGAAGAGGACAUGGAGACUCAGAAGAAUCCAAGCAGAGGAAAAUGCUCUGCCUGCUGACUCCCUGGGACACCCUGUGGUGCUGCACCUCAAAAAAGUCCAGAGGACAGAUGGGAGCUUGCCUGCUUGUCUGCCCGCCAACCUGUAACCUAGAGCCCACCCAGCUGAGUGUGUGCAAAGGGCCCCAGGCGCGGGGCGACUCUCGGUCCACUGAGGAGCCUUCUCUGGAACUGCGGGUGAAGACAGAACAUUCCUGCUGAACCACUUCUGUCUCUACAGCCUAUCCAGGCGCUGUCCACGCCCCAGGACUGGGCUCGGGCCGAAGUUGCUCCACAGCACCCCCAGCUGACAGCCAGCAACUGGCAGAGCCCCCAGACCCUGGGGCCUACUCUCUCCCAGAGAUCGCCAGUGUGACAACCCAGGCGACAGAGCCGAGGGUCCUGGUCCCGGCUUCUCGCACCCUCAUGUCAGCCCCGGCCCCGCCCGGCGGCCCUCGGAGGACAAGGUCAGGAUGCGUGUGAAGCCCCAGGGCCUGGUGGUGACUUCCAGUGCCGUGUGCAGCUCUCCUGACUACCUCCGGGAGCCCAAAUACUACCCCGGCAGCCCUCCCACCCCCCGGCCCUUGCUUCCCACUCGGCCCCCUGCCAGCUCACCUGACAAGGCCUUUGCCCAUACCUUCUCCGAGAACCCACGUCCACCCCCACGCCGGGACCCCAGCACCCGGCGUCCACCAGUCCUUGCCAAGGGGGACGAUCCAUUGCCCCCUAGAGCAGCCCGUCCAGUCUCCCAGGCCCGGUGUCCCACACCUGCUGGUGACAGCAACAGCUCCCGACGUCACUGGGACAACGGGCGGGUGAACCUUCGUCCAGUGGUGCAGCUGAUUGACAUCAUGAAAGACCUGACCCGACUCUCCCAGGAUCUGCAACACAGCGGUGUGCACCUGGACUGCGGUGGGCUCCGGCUCAGCCGCCCGCCUGCACCACCUCCCGGGGACCUUCAGUACAGCUUCUUCUCCUCACCCAGUCUGGCCAACAGCAUCCGCAGCCCUGAGGAGCGGGCUGCCCCUCACGCCAAGGCUGAGCGGCCCAGCCACCCCCUCUAUGAGCCUGAGCCUGAGCCUAGAGACAGUCCUCAGCCCGGCCAGGGCCAUAGUCCUGGAGCCACAGCUGCAGCCACUGGUCUGCCCCCAGAGCCUGAGCCAGACGGCCCUGAUUAUUCUGAACUUGCUGAUGCUGACAUCCUUAGCGAGCUGGCCUCCCUUACUUGCCCUGAGGCCCAGCUGCUGGAGGCCCAGGCCCUGGAGCCACCAUCGCCUGAGCCUGAGCCUCAGCUCCUGGACCCCCAACCCCGCUUCUUAGACCCACAGGCACUAGAGCCACUUGAGGAAGCUUUAGAGCUGCCACCCCUGCAGCCUCUUACUGACCCCCUGGGACUGCCAGGCCUGGCUCUGCAGGCACUGGAUACUCUGCCUGACUCUUUAGAGUCGCAGCUGCUUGACCCUCAAGCACUAGACCCCUUGCCCAAGUUGCUGGAUGUAUCAGGCCGCUGUCUGGAGCCCCAGCAGCCCCUGGGGCCCUGCACGCUGGCUGAGCCCUUGCGACUGGACUUGUGUUCACCCCACGGCCCCCCUGGACCUGAGGGUCACCCCAAGUACGCCUUACGGCGUACUGAUAGGCCAAAGAUCCUGUGUCGCAGGCGGAAAGCCGGAAGGGGACGCAAGGCAGACGCUGGUCCUGAAGGCCGCCUGCUGCCCCUGCCUGUGCCUACAGGGCUGGCAGCCACCUUGGCUGAGCCCCCACCACCACCUCCACUGCUUCCUGCCCUGCCAGGCCCAGGCCCAGUCCCAGAGCUGGAGCCAGAGUCCUCCCAGACCCCAGUGAACCCUACCCGCAAAAGCAAGUGCCGGGGUGUGCGGCGCAUGGUGGUGAAGAUGGCCAAGAUCCCUGUGUCACUGGGGAGGCGGAACAAGACCACGUACAAGGUGUCAUCCCUGAGCAGCAGCCUGAGUGUAGAAGGCAAGGAGCUGGGCCUGCGCGUGUCGGCAGAGCCCACCCCACUGCUGAAAAUGAAGAAUAACGGACGGAAUGUAGUGGUAGUCUUUCCACCCGGAGAGAUGCCCAUCAUUCUCAAGCGUAAGCGAGGCCGCCCGCCUAAGAAUUUGCUGCUGGGUCCUGGCAAGCCCAAAGAACCAGUGGUGGUGGCAGCUGAGGCAGCCACUGUGGCAGCAGCCACCAUGGCCAUGCCGGAAGUGAAGAAACGCCGACGCCGGAAGCAGAAGCUGGCCUCUCCCCAGCCAUCUUACGCAGCAGAUGCCAAUGAUAGCAAAGCUGAGUACUCGGACGUCCUUGCCAAGCUGGCCUUCCUGAACCGCCAGAGCCAGUGUGCUGGGCGGUGCUCACCACCCCGAUGCUGGACACCCAGCGAACCUGAGUCGGUGCACCAGGCACCUGACACCCAGAGCAUCUCCCAGUUCCUGCAUCGAGUGCAGGGCUUCCGACGGCGUGGGGGUAAAGCAGGUGGUUUUGGUGGCCGUGGUGGGGGCCAUGCAGCCAAGGCAGCCCGAUGCUCCUUCAGUGACUUUUUUGAAGGCAUUGGCAAGAAAAAGAAGGUGGUGGCAGUGGCAGCUGCUGGGGUGGGAGGCCCUGGCCUCACUGAGUUAGGACAUCCCCGCAAACGGGGUCGGGGGGAAGUGGAUGCAGUAACUGGAAAGCCUAAGCGUAAGAGGCGGUCCCGGAAAAAUGGAACUCUGUUCCCAGAGCAGGUGCCCAAUGUCCCUAGUUUCGGGGAAGCUGGUGCAGAGUGGGCUGGGGACAAGGGUGGUGGCUGGGCCCCUCACCAUGGGCACCCAAAUGGGCAAACUGGCCGAAACUGUGGGUUCCAGGGAACCGAGGCCCGGGCCUUUGCCUCUGCUGGACUAGAGAGUGGGGCUUCAGGCCGCAGUGGUUACUACAGCACGGGCACAGCUGCGGGCCAGACCGAGCUCAGCCAGGAGCGCCAGAACCUCUUCACUGGCUAUUUUCGCUCACUGCUCGAUUCGGACGACUCCUCUGACCUUUUGGACUUUGCCCUCUCAGCCUCUCGCCCCGAGUCCCGGAAGGCAUCAGGCACCUACACAGGUCCCCCCACCAGUGCUAUGCCUGCCCAGCGGGGCCUGGCCACCUUCCCCAGCCGGGGAGCCAAAGCCAGCCCAGUAGCAGUGGGUAACAGUGGGGCUGGGGCAGACCCCUCCUUUCAACCUGUACUCUCCGCUCGCCAGACCUUCCCACCGGGCCGGGCAGCAACCUAUGGGCUCACCCCAGCCACUUCAGACUGCCGGGCAGCUGAGACCUUCCCAAAGCUGGCCCCCCCACCUUCAGCGGUGGCCCGCUCGCCUACUACCCACCCACCCGCCAAUACUUACGCUCCCCAGUACAGUGGCUAUGGGGCUGGACAGAGUGUAUUUGCCCCUGCAAAGCCCUUUUCAGGCCAGGACUGUGCUAACAGCAAAGACUGCAGCUUUGCCUAUGGCAGUGGCAACAGUCUGCCUGCCUCUCCCAGCAGCGCCCAUAGUGCUGGCUAUGCCCCACCACCUACUGGUGGCCCCUGCCUGCCACCAAGCAAGGCUUCCUUCUUCAACAGCUCUGAGGGGACCCCCUUCUCUGGUUCAGCCCCGACACCUCUGCGCUGUGACAGCCGGGCCAGCACCGUCUCACCUGGUGGCUACAUGGUGCCCAAGGGCACCACGGCCUCAGCCACUUCUGCCGCCUCUGCUGCCUCUUCUUCCUCUUCCUCCUUCCAGCCCUCGCCUGAGAACUGUCGGCAGUUUGCGGGGGCUUCUCAGUGGCCUUUCCGGCAGGGCUAUGGAGGCCUGGACUGGGCCUCAGAGGCCUUUAGUCAGCUCUAUAAUCCUGGGUUCGACUGCCACGUCAGUGAGCCCAACGUGAUCCUGGACAUUUCCAACUACACACCACAGAAGGUAAAACAGCAGACAGCCGUGUCGGAGACCUUCUCCGAGUCCUCCUCUGACAGCACCCAGUUCAAUCAGCCUGUUGGUGGUGGCUUUCGGCGUGCCAAUAGCGAAGCCUCAAGCAGCGAGGGUCAGUCAAGCCUGUCCAGCCUGGAGAAACUAAUGAUGGACUGGAAUGAGGCCUCGUCUGCCCCUGGUUACAACUGGAACCAGAGCGUUCUCUUCCAGAGCAGCUCCAAGCCAGGUCGUGGACGACGGAAGAAGGUGGACCUGUUUGAGGCUUCACAUCUGGGCUUCCCGUCAUCUGCCUCAGCCACAGCUUCAGGCUACCCAUCUAAACGGAGCACUGGACCCCGGCAGCCUCGUGGUGGACGGGGCAGUGGGGCCUGCUCAGCCAAGAAGGAGCGGGGCGGUGCCACGGCCAAAGCCAAGUUCAUCCCCAAACCACAGCCGGUCAACCCACUGUUCCAAGAUAGCCCAGACCUUGGUCUGGACUACUAUAGUGGGGACAGCAGCAUGUCACCACUGCCUUCACAGUCAAGGGCCUUUGGUGUAGGAGAACGAGACCCCUGUGACUUCAUGGGACCUUACUCCAUGAAUCCAUCCACACCAUCCGACGGUACCUUUGGCCAAGGUUUUCACUGCGACUCGCCCAGCCUGGGUGCGCCUGAGCUGGACGGCAAGCACUUCCCACCACUGGCCCACCCACCCACGGUGUUCGAUGCUGGCCUGCAAAAGGCAUACUCACCCACCUGCUCACCCACACUGGGCUUCAAGGAAGAACUUCGGCCGCCCCCCACAAAGCUGGCUGCCUGUGAGCCCCUCAAACACGGGCUGCAGGGGGCCAGUCUGGGCCAUGCGGCUGCAGCCCAGGCUCACCUGAGCUGCCGGGACCUGCCGCUGGGCCAGCCCCACUAUGACUCUCCCAGCUGCAAGGGCACAGCAUACUGGUACCCACCUGGGUCAGCUGCCCGCAGCCCUCCCUAUGAAGGCAAGGUGGGUACAGGGCUGCUGGCUGACUUCCUGGGCAGGACGGAGGCUGCAUGCCUCAGUGCCCCACACCUGGCUAGCCCACCAGCCACACCCAAGGCUGACAAGGAGCCGCUGGAGAUGGUCCGGCCACCUGGUCCACCCCGCGGUCCCACUAUAGCCGCUGCUGGCUAUGGCUGCCCACUCCUUAGUGACUUGACCCUGUCCCCCGUGCCGAGGGACUCGCUGCUGCCCCUGCAGGAUACCGCCUACAGGUAUCCAGGCUUUAUGCCACAGACGCAUCCCGGCCUUGGUGGGGGCCCCAAGAGCGGCUUCCUGGGGCCCAUGGCGGAACCUCACCCCGAGGACACAUUCACCGUCACCUCCCUGUAGUGCCAACUGAAGUGCCGACUGGACCUCGAGGUUUUGUUCCUGGCUUUCAGAAAACCAAUGCCAAGACCCCUCCCAGCGUCCACAUCGUCCUCUGGCAGGAGCUCCUGCCCCUCUGCCUCCCACGCCACCCACCCACCCCCUGCAGUUCCCUUUCACCCUACCCUUCCCCACCCAUCUCCUCCAUGCAGAAGCCGAAGGUGAGCCCUUUCUGCACAAAACCAGCAAUUGUAAAUACUUUUUAAAAAUGUACAAAAACUUAAAAACAACUGUUUUAGAAAAAGACAAAAAAAAAAAAAAAAGAGCGAGAGAGCGAGCGUGUGCAAGAGGUUGCGAGCAGGGCCCCAAGGUGUCCAGAGCCCUGCAAGUAUGCACUGAGAAAUUUAUCUACAGGUCGUUUGACAAAAAUGAACAAUAUCCUAUUUAUUGUAUAUACUGUUUUAUUAUAAAUCGUGGAUUGUAUAUUG